CGGACUGGUUUACGGAAUGGACUAAGAUCUGUUUACACGUGAGGUGUGCGCAGGGCUGGACGUGUAAACGUAAAGUCUGUAAACUGUGAAUGCAGUGUGUGACCUGAUAAAAUAAACGGUCAGUAUGUUAUGAAUAUUUAGGAAAAAAGUAGUCGACUAUUUAAGCCACACACGCCAAUGCGAUUUACUGGAGAGUGAACUCUCCGUUAGCUACUAAAAGAAGCUCCUUCACUCAGCUAUGGGGAGAUUAAGGAAGAAACACAACUGGAAGGGGAGGCAGCAAAGUGAAGAUCAACAACCAGCAGAGAAUAAGGAGGCAGAUGUUGUGGUGGAACUGCAAGAUGGAGGCCGACUGAAGGGCGUGGAUGAGAGCAACGCCCUGGUCCUCCCGGCCAACAGAGACAAGAAGAAGAAAGCCACGGAGAAACCUGCGGCGAGGAAAGCUCCUCUCACCAGGAAGCAGAGGAAGCAGCUGCAGAAGGUCCUCGAGCUCAAGCAGAAGAAGGCUCAGAGAGCGGACAUAUUGUCCAAGCUGGCUGAGGUGCAGCUUCCAGAGUCUGAGCUGAAGUUGCUGUACACCACCUCCAAACUGGGCACAGGAGACAAGCUUUACCACAGUAAACAGACUUCAGAUGAGCUCGAGGAUGGAGGCUCAGGCCCAAAGAUCAGCAGCCUGAGUGGAGCCAACAGGAAGAGGAAAUGGCAAGAAGAGGAGGAAGAGGAAGCAGAGGAACAAAAGGAAGAGGAAAGUAGUGAUCUGGACACCUCUGAGGAUGAUGAUGAUGAUGAGGAGGAUGAUCAAGGGGAUGAGAGUUCUAAGGAAAGCAGCUCUUCCUGUCUGGAGUCAAAGGGCAAACAGGAAGAAAAAGGAGAGCAGACGACGGUGAAAGUUGAACCGAGUGAGAAGAUUUCAGAUCAGAAGAAGGUCCCCGUCAAAAAGCCCUCACAGCCUGCUGUCUUCAUCCCGGUCGACAGACUGCCUGAAAUACAGGAAGCUCGGUUGAAGCUGCCGGUGCUCGCGGAGGAGCAGGUGAUCAUGGAGGCGGUGAGGGAGAAUCCCUGUGUCGUCCUCUGCGGAGAGACAGGCAGUGGGAAGACCACGCAGGUGCCUCAGUUCUUGUAUGAAGCCGGUUACGCCAGCGGCAGUGGAAUAAUCGGCGUCACUGAGCCGAGGAGAGUGGCAGCCGUCAGCAUGUCUCACAGAGUGGCCAAGGAGAUGAACCUGCCUACACAGGUGGUGUCAUACCAGAUUCGUUAUGAAGGGAACGUGACCAGUGACACCAAGAUCAAAUUCAUGACAGAUGGAGUUCUGCUGAAGGAGAUUCAGACGGAUUUCCUGCUCCAGAAAUACAGCGUGAUCAUCAUAGAUGAGGCUCAUGAAAGGAGCGUGUACACAGACAUCCUGAUUGGCCUGCUGUCUCGCAUCGUCCCGCUCAGAAACAAGAAAGGUCUGCCCAUGAAGCUGCUGGUCAUGUCAGCGACUCUGCGGGUGGAGGACUUCACAGAAAACAGGAAGCUGUUUCCGUCCCCCCCGCCCGCCAUCAAGGUGGACGCCCGCCAGUUCCCUGUCACCAUCCACUUCAACAAACGCACCCCGCUGGAGGAUUACACUGGAGAGGCCUUCCACAAGACCUGCAAGAUCCACCGCAUGCUGCCCCCAGGUGGUAUCCUGGUGUUUCUCACUGGCCAGGCGGAGGUUCACAGCGUAUGUAGGAGACUAAGGAAAGCUUUCCCCUUCAGGAAGGGGAACACAACCGCUGGUGAGGAUGAGGAGGUGGACACCUCAGAAGCAACGAGGAAGUUUAAAAAAUCCAAACAGAAGAAGACUGUGUCUCUGCCUCGCAUCGACCUGGAUAACUACUCCGCCUUACCGGUGGAUGAGGGCGACGAGGACAGACAGGCUGGGAUAGGAGAGGAGGAGGAGGAUGAGGGCUCUGACCUGGACCUGGGAGAUGAUCCUGGGGACACAGAGGAGAAAGCAGACCCAUCCAUUCCUCUGUAUGUCCUCCCGCUUUACUCGCUCCUGGCCCCAGAGCAGCAGGCCAAGGUGUUCAGGCCCCCUCCACCUGGCACUCGUCUCUGUGUGGUGGCAACCAACGUGGCAGAGACGUCUCUGACCAUCCCCGGGAUCAAGUACGUCGUCGACUGCGGUCGGGUCAAGAAACGUUACUACGACCGCGUGACCGGGGUGUCCUCCUUCAAGGUGUCAUGGACCUCUCAGGCCUCGGCCAAUCAGAGGGCCGGUAGAGCCGGACGAACAGAGCCGGGACACUGCUAUAGGUUAUACUCAUCUGCCGUGUUCGGGGACUUCAGUCAGUUCUCAGAGGCAGAGAUCACCCGCAGGCCUGUGGAAGACCUGGUGCUGCAGAUGAAGGACCUCAACAUAGACAAGGUGGUGAAUUUCCCUUUUCCCACAUCUCCCUGUGCUGAGGCUCUUGUUGCUGCAGAACAGCUGCUCAUCUCCCUGGGAGCCCUGAAGGAGCCGCCUCACACUGGAAGGGUAAAAGACUUGGAGCGUGCAAAGCUGAGCUCUCCCAUCACCCCACUGGGCAGGGCAAUGGCUUCAUUCCCUGUGGCACCACGUUAUGCCAAAAUGCUGGCGCUAGGGAAGCAGCAGGAUUGCCUGCCCUACGUCAUCGCCGUGGUGGCAGCCAUGACAGUGCGGGAAAUCUUUGAGGAACUUGACAGGCCGGCAGGUAGUGAGGACGAGAGCUCCAAGCUGGCUCAACGUCGGGCUCGGCUGACCCAGAUGAGGAGGCUCUGGGCUGGGCAAGGAGCCUCACUCCUGCUGGGCGACCUCAUGGUCAUGCUGGGUGCUGUGGGGGCUUGUGAGUUUGCUGGUUGUACCCCUAAGUUUUGUGAGGAGAAUGGCCUUAGGUAUAAAGCCAUGGUGGAGAUCAGACGGCUUCGCGGACAGCUUACCAAUGCAGUGAAUGCUGUGUGUCCGGAGGUGGGAGUAUUUGUGGAUCCCAAGAUGACUCCGCCAACAGAAAGCCAGGUGGUCUGCUUGCGGCAGAUUGUGCUUGCAGGACUGGGAGACCAUCUUGCACGGCGAGUGCAGGAAGAAGAAAUAUUAGACCCAAAAUGGAAAAAUGGAUACAAGACUCCUCUUUUAGAUGAGCCAGUAUUUAUUCAUCCCACCUCUGCGCUGUUCAAAACCCUGCCUCAGUUUGUUGUGUACCAGGAAGUCAUGGAGACCACCAAGAUGUACAUGAGAGGUGUGUCAGCAGUUGAUGCAGAGUGGGUCCCCCAGCUUCUGCCCCAGUACUGCCAUUUUGGCUCUCCCCUGGAGACCCCGUCACCCUGGUUCUGCUCGUCAACGGGCACAGUCAAAUGUCAAUGUUCAAGCACCUUCUUCCGUGUGGGCUGGCAGAUGCCUGCAGUGGACAUGGACUAUCCACACGGCCUCGAACGCUACAAACUUUUUGCCAAGUUCCUGCUCGAGGGGAAGGUAUGCCCUAAACUGAUGAAACACACCAAACACCUUCUGUCAAACCCCUCCAUCAUGCUGAAGACCUGGGCAAAGCUGCAGCCCAGGACUGAGACUCUGCUGGGAGCGCUGGUGUCAGAGAAAGUCGACUGCAGAGACGCCCUUCUCACUGUCUGGAAGAACAAAGAAAACAAAUUUCUGCUGUCUGCAUACUGCCAGUGGCUACCUGAGGCAGUGCACCAAGAAGUGGCCAAAAGCUGGCCUCCUAUAUGAGGGAUUGUGACCACAACCUUGCAUCACAGAAGAAAUAAUGAAGCAUUGCAGAAACUUGGACCAGAGCUACAGUACUUUGACCUACAGAUCACCUGAACUCCAGUAUCAAAAGGAUUCAAUAUCAUUCUGACUACUUUUUAAUAUUCUCUAAAAGUGCAACUGUCACCACAAAACAUGACCUUUUCCUAUUUUGUAUUUUAUAUCUAUGAAUUGUACAGUUUUGUCUGGCAUAAAAGUUUCCACUAGAGCUCUGUAAUGACUUUUUACCUUGUUACUGUUGUCAUGAAUAUGUGUCAGAUUUGGUCUUCAUAAGACUCAUUAAACAAAUGGCUCUCAAUGAGCUGUGUGUUUACUUUUU